AUGGAAGCUGCUGCUUUUCAGGUGGAGAGAACCCUCCAGCAAGAACUCUCUCUACCCAUCAUACUAGCAGAGCGAGUCAUCAAAUCGGCUCAAGAAGCUGAGUCCUCCAAGAACGAGUGCUCUGAACUCGCCAGGCAGACCAACCGCUUGUCCCAACUCCUCCGAUCCACUGUUCGUCUGGCUUCUUCGACGCAGUCCCUCUACGAACGACCCAUUAGACGAAUUGUCGCCGAUGUGUCCAAGAACCUCGACAAGGCGCUUACCCUCGUUCGCAAGUACAAGAAGCAUGGCGCUGGGGUUCUCAGGCAGGUCUUUGCCAUCACCACCACCGCGGAUUUUCGCAAGGUAUCGACGCUUCUUGAGAAUUCUAUCGGCGACCUGACAUGGAUCCUGUCAGUCUUUGAAUCGGAUGGUACUAAUAUUGCCCUGCCUCCUAUUGCGAGCAAUGACCCCAUUCUUGCUUGGGUUUGGUCUUAUCUAGCUACCGUUCAGAUGGGUCAGCUUAAAGACCGCGUUGAUGCUGCUAGCGAGCUGGCUUCGCUUGCGGACAGCGAACGCACCAAGAAGAUGAUUGUAGAUGAAGGUGGGAUUCAUCCUCUUUUGAAGAUGUUGAAGGAGGGAGGAUCUCCUGAGGCUCAGAUUGCGGCUGCCAAUGCGCUUAUUAGCCUCGCGACCGAUCCGCAAAGAGUCAGAAUGAUCGUCGACGACUUUGGAAUUCGUACCAUUGUGCAGGUUCUUAAUGACUCCCCCAUGAGGGUGCAGGCAGCGGUGGCAAAUUUAGUUGCGAAAAUGACGGAGUUCAAUGCGGCGGCGCAGGAGGAGUUCCCCAGAGAGAACGUGGUUAAGCCAUUGAUGAACUUGUUGUCCAUGGAUACUGUUUUAGAUGACCCCACGAUUCAAACAGGUAGAACUAGCAUUCAUUCGCUUGUUCAGAUUAACAAGGAGUUAGCAUCAGGGAAGCACUUGAAUAGUCAUAUUGGGGCGAAUUCCUUGUACUCGGAUGGUAGUAGCAGGGGCGGGCAUCAUAGGAAGGAGAAAGAGGUUGAAACCCCCGAAACAAAGCUUGCGCUUAAGGUCAGUUGUGCUGGGGCUUUGUGGAAGUUGUCUAGGGGAAGUUUGGCUAAUAGCAAGAAGAUCACAGAGAGUAAAGGGUUGCUUUGUUUGGUGAAGAUUAUCGAGGUGGAGACAGGGGAGUUGCAGUAUAACUGCUUGAUGACUGUGACCGAGAUAGCCGCAGUGGCGGAAUCCAAUACUGAUCUUAGACGAGUGGCUUUCAAGCCCAACAGUCCCUUUGCAAAGGCAGUUUUGGACCAAUUGCUAAGAAUUCUUCAAGAAGAAAGCAAUGUGGAUAUACUGAUUCCUGCCAUCAAGUCCAUUGGAUCACUGGCUAGGACUUUCCCAGCUAAAGAAUCCCGAAUUAUCAAAACUUUAGUUUGCCACCUUGCUGAUGGAGACAUGGACGUGGCGAUUGAAGCUGCUGUUGCCCUGGGAAAGUUUGCUUGUCCAGAGAAUUUCAAUUGUGUGGAGCAUGCCAAAGCGAUUAUUGAAUUCAAUGGCGUUCCUCCUCUGCUUAAACUGUUGAAGACUAACGAUCGGGCUCAACUACAUGGGCUUGUGCUGCUAUGUUACCUUUCACUCCAUGUCGGCAACAGUAAGGUGCUUGAACAAGCACGAGUGCUGAAUGCCGUUGAGUCUAUGGCUCGUUCCGUCGCUUCUCAGCAUCCUGAGCUGAAAGACUUGUUUGCCAAAACAGGAUACGAGAGUGAUGCUUGUGAGGAGUGCUUUUCAUUGUAUAGAACGGUCGUAUUCAGUUGA